UCACGCGCGCAUCUCUAAAAACCACCCACUUCUCCGCACAUAAACAGACGGCUUUUAUUGUUAGCGGCGCAUUUAUAAAGAUGGUGGAUAUUAACCAAGAAGUGGCAUUAAUUGAGCCUAAGAUAACGCAGCAGCAGCUGGAACAGUAUCUAGAGGCUGCACGCAUACUCUUGGUGCUCUUGGAGAAUAUAAUCAGCCAGCCCAACAACCUUAAGUUUCGCAACAUUCACUUGGAUAACAAAGCGAUUAAAGAAAAGCUCUUGUCAUUGCCAGACAGUGAUCGGCUGUUGAAUGCCAUUGGCUUCAAGCGAAUGUCCAACUCGGGGGUUUACACGCUGCCCGUGGAGGUGCCACUGCAGACGGUGCAAAAGUAUCGUGAUGCUUUAUUUCAGCGAAGAAAAGCCUGGUUAGAAGGUGCAAUGCCGAAAGCUAUGCCUAAAACAGAGGACAAGCUGGAGAAGAGCACUACCAGCAGCAAGAACAUUACCACCACCGCACCACGCUAUGUAACACCCUCAAAGCCGUAUAAGCAACGCGUCAGCUUUCCACGCAUGUUGCGCACAAAGAAUCGCUUUUUAAUAACGCUGGAGCUGUUUAGCGAUGAGGUCAUGCAGUAUGAGGAUGAGGCGCUGCUGGCCCACGGCCGCAGUAUCAUACCUGUGGAAGAGUUAACUCAAAAUGCCAGUUGUAAGCUUUUAGAGGUUCACGAACUGAUGGCUGCGGGCGAGUAUGAUCAGCCGGAGCCUUGCAUACGCGAUCUGCUGCUGGUGGAGCUGGUCAAUUGGUUCAAUACACAGUUCUUCACGUGGGUCAACAAUAUACCUUGCACUGUCUGCGGCAGCGAGGACUCCAAGCUGCGUCGCAAGCAAACCGAAAACGAUGUGCGUGUCGAGGUUACGUUAUGCUGCGGCCAGGAGACCAAAUUCUAUCGCUACAACGACAUCGCACAGCUGCUGGUAUCGCGUCAAGGACGCUGCGGCGAAUUUGCCAAUUGCUUUACAUUCUUCUGCCGCUGCUUGGACUACGAUGCGCGCAUGGUCUACUCGCAUUUUGAUCAUGUGUGGACUGAGGUAUACUCCGAGGCACAAAACCGCUGGCUGCAUGUGGAUCCCUCUGAUAAUGUGGUGGAUUCGCCGCUCAUGUACCAACAUGGCUGGAAACGUGGCAUAGACUAUGUGCUUGCCUACUCACGUGACGAUGUGCAGGAUGUCACCUGGCGCUAUACGAACAAUCAUAAGCACGUACGGGAGACCCGUUUGCUAUGCAGCGAACAGGAGCUCGUUGAGACGCUCAAUGAAAUAAGAGCAAAGCGUCAAAUCAACUGCAGCGCCGAGCGCAAAAAGUAUCUAAGUCAACGCAAUCUGUUCGAGGUCAUUGCCAUGACACUGGAACGCACGCCAACGGAGAACGAGUUGAAGGGCAGAAGCUCGGGCAGCUUGUCAUGGCGACAAUCUCGUGGCGAGCAUACGUUCACCAAUAUAUUUGUAUUUAAACCCAAUGCCAGCGAGUUGGAGCGUCGUGAAUUUAAUCUACGCUACAGCUGUGCGAAUGACACAUACGAACGUUAUAGCAAAGAUGGCGCUGUGCUAGAAACUCACAAGACUUGGCAGAGCGCACAAUUUGCUUCGAACAAUAUCUUUCGCAAAGUGGAGCGGGAUUGGAAGGUUGUCUACUUGGCGCGCUUGGAGGAUACGCAAAGUGCUGAGAUUAGCUGGAAAUUCGACUUUAGUGCAACAAAUUUAAAAGUUAAAUCACACAAAUUAACAUUUGAUACGAAAACCUUUGGUGAAGGCAAAAUUGAUUGGAGCAUAGAGACGAGCGCUGGCAAUUCAUGCAUAGAGAAUGCGCAGGAAUUCCAAAUUGUGGCCAAAUUAAGCGGCGGCAAAGGUGAUGUAGCCUGGCAGCAUGCGCAGCUUUUCAGGCAGAGCCUCAACUCGAAGGAAUAUCCAUUUGAUUUGCAGCUUGAGCUACACUAAAUGAUUCCAAAAACUAACAUUUAAAUUCUAUUUAAAACAAACGUAUACAAAAUUAUAUAUUGAUUCCAGUGGGAAAUCCAUAAAAUUUUAGCUCACACUAAAUUAGUUUAUACACUUUACAUAAGACGAGCAAACGAUUGUUUGAAAAAUUUACCUACUACCUGCAUUAAUGCCAAUUCAGUUUUUAUAUUUUUUAAUUUUUAUUUGUAACACUGAUU